UUGGAAAAUUACUACGGCUUUAAGGAAGAUGGAGAAUCUUUCAUUUGGAAAAGUAACAGUGCAGUGGCAAAAAAAAAUAAAAGAAAUGCAGGAAUUCUUUGGGCUGGAGGUGACAGGGAGACCAGAUUCCAGCACUUUGGACCUAGUGCGGAAAAGUCGCUGUGGAUUCCCUGAUGUCGCUGGGUUCUCCACCUUUGCAGGAGAGCCAAAAUGGGCAAAACAAGUUCUGACAUACAGGAUAUUAAACUACACACCAGACUUACACCCAGCAGAUGUCAAUGCAGCAAUCAAGAAAGCAUUCAGCAUUUGGAGCAGUGUGACCCCACUGAAAUUCAUCAAGAAGGGCAGAGGUGAUGCAGACAUAAUGAUCUCCUUUGCAACUGGAGGUCACAACGAUUUCAUCCCUUUUGAUGGCCCAGGAGGGUCUGUUGCUCAUGCCUAUGCACCCGGCAAAGACACUGGUGGAGAUGCACACUUUGAUGAGGAUGAAACCUGGACCAAAAGCACAGAAGAGGCAAACUUGUUCUAUGUGGCUGCCCACGAGUUUGGACAUUCACUUGGACUUUUCCAUUCCAAAGACCCCAAAGCUCUAAUGUACCCAGUUUAUAGGAAAAUUGACCCUUCAGUCUUCCCUCUUCAUCAGGAUGAUAUUAAUGGCAUUCAGUCCCUCUAUGGACCUUCUCCUAAAACCUCUAAUCACCAAAGAGAUUCUGCUGAAAAAAAGGAUCCAACUGAGUCAAAAGAACCUGCACUGCCAAACUCUUGUGGCCCUGAUUUAACUUUUGAUGCUGUCACCACUUUCUGUGGAGAGAUAAUAUUCUUUAAAGACAAGCAUUUUUGGCGCAAGCAUCCUGCAGUCAGAGAAGUUGAUUUUGAUUUGGUAUCUUUAUUCUGGCCACGGCUGCCAUCUGGUGUUGACGCUGCAUAUGAAAUUCCUGAGGAAGACAAAAUUCUCCUCUUUAAAGGGAAUGAAUUCUGGGCUGUGAGAAGAGAAACCAUACCACCCAGAUACCCACAAAAACUCUACGCCCUUGGAUUUUCAAAGGAUGUUGCCAAAAUUGAUGCUGCUUUUUAUGACAGAAAUAAGGGGAGAGUAUAUUACUUCACAGCGGACAAAUUUUGGAGUUAUGAUAAAAGAAAUCAGUCCAUGGACAGGAAGCCAAGACUGAUAAAAGAUGCAUUUCCAGGAAUUAAUGCAAAAGUUGAUGCUGUUUUUCAGCAUGAAAACUUCCUUGAUUUCUUUCAAGGAAGAAAGCAAUUUGAGUUUGACCCUGAUAAGAAGAUAGUAACACGCCUGCUAAAGACAAACUUCUGGUUUCCUUGUUAA